AAGCGUUGGGCAUACGGGCUGAAACGACGAAGGGUACAAAUUGAUAAACUCUUCUCGUUCUGGUAUAGAAGACAGAGCUGGCCCUGAAUUGAAUACAGUAGAAGAUGGAAACACAGAGAACGAUAAAGAAGGAAGCUAUUGAGAGCAUAACGGAGAGGCUAUCGUCUAUCGAUGAUCUCUACUUCCCUCGCGCUCUUCAACCUUCCGCUCUCACGCCUUCCCACCGUAAAUCUCUCCUUCUCGACCUGGUCUCCCGCGAUGUCGCUGUUUUUCUUGAACGAUAUGGAUCUCAAUUGACUUCUGAGGAGCUACGGGAAUUCGAUGCACUCAGCGAUGACUAUGAGGUAAAUUGGCACUUGAAGGAUUUGAGGAGGAAGCUAAAUCCGACUUCAGAAGAGUUGCGCUCAAGGACCGUCGUGGUGAGGAACCGGAGACUGGCUUACCUGAACAAACUGAUAUCUGAUGGGCAGUAUUUCUCAGAGGACGCCAUGAGGGAGCGAGAGCCGUAUUUGCAUCAUGAGUAUGUUGGAAAAUUUCAGGAUCCUAGUGGCAGGUGCAUGGCGAGGCCAGGGGAGCGUUGGUCAGAGACUUUGAUGAGGAGGUCGGAAGAAGCAUGUUUGGUUGCAAAGAUUAGGGAAGAGCAGCAGCGGUUUGGUGUCGCCCAGAGGGAUUGGAUUGGUAAUGACAAACCUAAAGAGGAGGAAGAAGAAACGGAAGAGGAGGAGGAGGAGGAGGAGGAGGAGGCCUUGAGUGAUACUAAGGCAGCCAAUGGUGCCCGGUUGACAACAGAGGAGAACACCAAGGGACACGCUUUAUCAACUGAAGAUAGGCAAGACAUGAUGGAACAGUUCACAUAUAUCAUGCAACAGAAGGUUCUCUCAGGAGAAGACUAUCAACAUUUAGAUUAUUCAAAAAUAGACAAUGAUGAGACCCUUGAUGAUCAUUGGAUAAGAGAAGUCAACCGUGAUGCUGAGGAUAAGUAUUUCGCUGAAGAUUGAUGAUGCCAACUGUUUUGCUCUCUGUUUGCGAGGAAUCAUCUGCUUGUAUAACUACAGAUCCCAUCUUUUAAUGUGGAAAUGAUAUUGGAAGUAGCAGUUUGUUUCACCGGCCUUCUGAUUGCAUCUUGUUGUUGGCUGAUUUCUGAUGCCUGUUCCAACUUGGUUAGCAGUAAGAAGGUGAAGAAUCUUUUACAGGAGCCUUGAUGGAAGAGGAUUCACCAGAUGGCUCCAACAUAGUCCACCAGGUAUGGAAUCUGCUUUUAUAAUCUUGUCAUCUACAAGAGAGUUAUGCAUUUAUGCUGUUGUGCCUAGUAUGGUUUCCAACUGUGUAACUUAAAGUUAGGUAAAAGCUUAAUGAGAAGGCUCUUUGGCGUACAGUCUUGCCAUGUUCAGUUCA